AUUAAAUCAAAUAUCUGACAAAAAUUAAGGAUUCAACAAUGAUCAUAGUUUAAAAGUAGUAACUAAGAAUAGUUUGAAUGUAAUUUCAGCAAUAAAAGAAAAGAAUAAAGUAGAAGAAUAGAGUGCGAUUUGAAGGAACAAAAUAUGGUAAAAAGAUGUAAAAAUAAAGUUUGUAGAUUAUAGAAAAUUUAAGAAUUAGAUAUGUAUGAAUUUAUUGAAAUGAAAAAAGAUUAAGAUUCUUGGAGAAUUGAAAUUUAGAUUCUGAAAUACACAGUUAAUGGAUUGAGAAUAAGAUUGCUAAAAUAGAUGGAGAAUUGUGGAUAAAGAAUAAGUAAAUAGAUGAAAGAUUUAAAGAAAGAGAAGGAAGAUUAUUAGCAUAGAUUGUGA